UGUGUUGAUUUUUGUAAUCAACUUUUUUGCAAUUAUACCAUCGGCUCAUUUGCUUGGAUUUGCAACUGAAGAACUCGCUGAAAGCGUUGGCCAGACUCUAGGAGGUCUAUUGAAUGCAACAUUUGGCAAUGCUGUAGAAUUAAUAAUAGCUAUAGUAGCGUUAUUUCAUGGUCAAAUUCGUGUUGUUCAAGCAUCAAUGUUAGGAUCUGUACUUUCUAAUAUAUUACUAGUAUUAGGAAC